AUGAUAUAUUAAAAAUUCUAAUACCUUGUGUUUUUCUUGUUUCUACUAAUAAGCAGCCAUGAAAUCUCUAAAAAAUGUAUUUGUGGACAUGUUCGCAGUUAAACUCAAUGCGAAAAUUCUAGUUUUUGCAUUUGGUAGAAUGAAGCUUGUGUCUUAAACUCUGCUCGAUCAUAUAUUUAAGAGAAUUAGAAUGAGAGUGUAUGUAACAAAUUAGCAGAAGAAAAUUGUAAAGUAGAGAAGUAGUGUGAAUUAUAUUUGGGAAAAUGUAUUAGCUUUGUUGAUUGUACCCUAUUCAAUAAAGAUUAAUGCUAACAAUCAUCCUUUAGAUGUAUUUCUGAUGGUGCAAAGUGUGUUAAAAUAUUGGAAUGUGACAAUUAUAAAACAGAAAUAGGGUGUGCAAAUAAAAAUUAAAAUGGCAGAUAUUGUUUUUGGAUUUAGUAGAUAGAAAAAAAGUGUAGAGACGUUGUCAUUUGCGAAGAACUACCAAAAUAUUUAGUGAAUCAUGUCAUGUGUAAAUAAGGGUUAGUUGGCUGUACCGUAAAUGAAUAAGGCUAAGGAUGUAUUAAAUUAAAGGAUUCAUGCACUUAAUACUUCAAUGACUUUUAAUGUUUUGAAAGCAAUUAAAGAACAGAAAACUGCUUUUGGGAUUCUAAAAAUCACAAAUGUUUUGAAAAACUAUGUGAAAAUCUACUUUUUUCUUAAGAUUAUGAAUGUAGAUCAUUGUUGAGUGAAUGUACAUCAAAUGGAAUUCAUUGUGUAUAAAGAAAGCAAUGCAGUGAUGCUUAGAAUAAAUUUGGUUGCGUUACUGACGCCUAAGGAAACAAAUGUGAAUAUCAUAAAAAUUAAUGUAAAAUCAAAAGCUGUGACACUGCUUUAGAAUAAUUGACAAACUAUCAACAAUGUUAAGAUUAUGACAAUUUGUUAGAUUGUGUUACUUCUGAAAAUGGAGGAUGUAAAUAGAGACCUUAAACAUGUUAAGGUUAUAUUGGUUAAGUAGAUUGUUAUUCAAUCGAAUAAUAAGAUUGUAUAUGGUAUAAUAAUAAAUGUGAAAAAAGAUCGUGUUAUCAUGCUCCACCUCAUUAUACGCAAACAGAUUGUUAGCAAUACGGAAAUUGUAUAGGUAAAGUAGAUGGUGGAUGUUAACAGAUACCUAAUACUUGUGAUGAGAUUUUAUAAGAAUAAUUUUGUGAAUUUAAUUCUAAUAAACAAGGAUGUAUUUGGCUCGGAGGGAAAUGCACUUUGUUAUAAUGUAGCAGUUUGAAAUUUCCAAUUUAUAAUAGUCAUAAAACAUGCUAAAACGCAAGUUCAUUAUGCACAUUCAAAUUAGAAGCUAUGGGUUGUGCAGAGUAUUAAUGUGAAAAUAUUUAUGAAAGCGAAUUUUGUUUAGUUGAUUCAACUGAAACAAAUUGUGCAAUGAAUUAAGGAUGCAUUGACAAAAAGUGUAAUAAAGCUCCACCAAAUUAUUAGAGUAAUUAAUAAUGUGAAGAUUGGUUACCAUAUUGCACAGUCAAUGUGUAACCUAUAGAAAGCUCUAAGGUAUUGAUUGGGUGUGUCGAUAAAAAGAACGGUUGCGAGUUUUUUCUAGAAGAACAAUGCUAUACUACGUUUUCAGGUAUUAAUUGUAAAUGGGACAUUAACGGAUAAAUGUGCCUUUACCAAAAAUGUACAGAUGCAGAACAUAGUUAAUAUUUAACAAACGAAGAUUGUAAUUAAUUUAAAGUAUUGGAGGGUACUUGCAUAAUAGGAUCAUCUGAUAUUGGAUGCUAACUUUGGUCGAAUACUUGCGAAAAUUUGAAAAGCUAAAAAUAAUGUGAAUUAAAUCUUUAAGAUGGAACCAAAUGUUUUUGGACAGGCAGUAAAUGUAAGAUAUUAGAAUGUUCAGAUGCUUCUGUAUAUGAUUAUACAGAUAAUAUUUAAUGCAAUACUUGGCUUGAUUAUUGUAUCUUUGAUUCAAAAGGAGGAGGAGGAUGCAUAAAAAGACCUAGUUCUAUUGAUUGCACAUCUUCUCCAAAUAAUAGUAUGUACGAUACACACCUUAAAUGUCAAGCAUGGAGUCCUAAAUGUACCGUCAUUUCCUCUAUUAAUGCAUAAGGCUGCGAAAAAAAAAAGUAAAAUUGCACUGAAUACAUAAGGGAAAGAAAUUGCAAAACAAAUUUGGCUGGUUAAAAUUGUUAUUGGGAUGAUUUACAACAAAUAUGUUAAUAAGAGAAUAAUGAAGAAGAUUGUUAAAAGAAAAUUUAUGGAGAGAUAUCACAUUAAAAUUGUGAAAAAUUUCUUAAAAAAUGCACAGUAAGUGAUAUUACAGGAAAUUGUGUACCACUUUCAAAUAAAUGUGAUUAUAAAUUGAUAGACCAAUGUGUAAUCAGAAAUGAUUAUUAACCAUGCAAAUGGGAUGAGAUAAAUCAACGUUGUAAUGAUGUAAUGUGUAGUGAUAAUAAAACUGCACAAACUGAAGCUGAAUGCUUAAAUUUUAGAAAAUUUGGUUAAUGCCAAUUAAAGAUUAAAACUAACGGAUCAAAUGGACUUGGAUGUGAAUCAAGACCAACUAAAUGUUCUGAGGUUACAAAUUCCUUCAUUUGUAAAUUAACACUAACAUAAAAUGGUGAAAGAUGUUAUUAUUUUAAGGAUACAUGUUAGAUUGUAACAGAUACUAAAUGUGAAGAUAUUAAAGAUAGUACAAGCAAUGAGAAUUGUCAAUUAUACAACAGCAAAUGUAUUCUAUUAUCCAGUGGAGUAGGAUGCUACUCUUUUUCAAAUUGUUAUGAUUUAUCAAGCAAUAUUUGUAAUAGUGCCAUAAUAAAAUAUAAUCAAAAAUGCAUAUAUGAUAAAUACUAUAAUACAUGUACAUCUGAUACUUAUUGCAGUGAUAAACCAUUUUACGCUUGUUAAGACAAAAAGACAGGAUUUGGAUAAUUAUGUUUUUAACCUUUCAAGAAAGGCAUUAGUUGCGUUUAAUAAACAAAAACUUAUAAUAUAAAAUUUCAAACAUAAACAUCAUUAUCAGAUAAGAACAAAUAAUGCUAAGACUAUUCAUCGAAUUAUAGAUAUGAUACCACUUUUAACUGCUGCAAAAAUAUGAAUUCGUGUGAGGAAUAAAAAGGUGGAAAAUAANGCAUAAUAGGAUCAUCUGAUAUUGGAUGCUAACUUUGGUCGAAUACUUGCGAAAAUUUGAAAAGCUAAAAAUAAUGUGAAUUAAAUCUUUAAGAUGGAACCAAAUGUUUUUGGACAGGCAGUAAAUGUAAGAUAUUAGAAUGUUCAGAUGCUUCUGUAUAUGAUUAUACAGAUAAUAUUUAAUGCAAUACUUGGCUUGAUUAUUGUAUCUUUGAUUCAAAAGGAGGAGGAGGAUGCAUAAAAAGACCUAGUUCUAUUGAUUGCACAUCUUCUCCAAAUAAUAGUAUGUACGAUACACACCUUAAAUGUCAAGCAUGGAGUCCUAAAUGUACCGUCAUUUCCUCUAUUAAUGCAUAAGGCUGCGAAAAAAAAAAGUAAAAUUGCACUGAAUACAUAAGGGAAAGAAAUUGCAAAACAAAUUUGGCUGGUUAAAAUUGUUAUUGGGAUGAUUUACAACAAAUAUGUUAAUAAGAGAAUAAUGAAGAAGAUUGUUAAAAGAAAAUUUAUGGAGAGAUAUCACAUUAAAAUUGUGAAAAAUUUCUUAAAAAAUGCACAGUAAGUGAUAUUACAGGAAAUUGUGUACCACUUUCAAAUAAAUGUGAUUAUAAAUUGAUAGACCAAUGUGUAAUCAGAAAUGAUUAUUAACCAUGCAAAUGGGAUGAGAUAAAUCAACGUUGUAAUGAUGUAAUGUGUAGUGAUAAUAAAACUGCACAAACUGAAGCUGAAUGCUUAAAUUUUAGAAAAUUUGGUUAAUGCCAAUUAAAGAUUAAAACUAACGGAUCAAAUGGACUUGGAUGUGAAUCAAGACCAACUAAAUGUUCUGAGGUUACAAAUUCCUUCAUUUGUAAAUUAACACUAACAUAAAAUGGUGAAAGACGUUAUUAUUUUAAGGAUACAUGUUAGAUUGUAACAGAUACUAAAUGUGAAGAUAUUAAAGAUAGUACAAGCAAUGAGAAUUGUCAAUUAUACAACAGCAAAUGUAUUCUAUUAUCCAGUGGAGUAGGAUGCUACUCUUUUUCAAAUUGUUAUGAUUUAUCAAGCAAUAUUUGUAAUAGUGCCAUAAUAAAAUAUAAUCAAAAAUGCAUAUAUGAUAAAUACUAUAAUACAUGUACAUCUGAUACUUAUUGCAGUGAUAAACCAUUUUACGCUUGUUAAGACAAAAAGACAGGAUUUGGAUAAUUAUGUUUUUAACCUUUCAAGAAAGGCAUUAGUUGCGUUUAAUAAACAAAAACUUAUAAUAUAAAAUUUCAAACAUAAACAUCAUUAUCAGAUAAGAACAAAUAAUGCUAAGACUAUUCAUCGAAUUAUAGAUAUGAUACCACUUUUAACUGCUGCAAAAAUAUGAAUUCGUGUGAGGAAUAAAAAGGUGGAAAAUAAUUAUGUAAUUCAUCAACUUUAAGUACAUAUAACAGAUGUGGAUAUAAUUUUUAGACAAAUACUUGUGAGAUAAGAUAAUGCGAGCAUUUAACUUAUGCUAAUUAUCCUGUUAUUUCAGAUUAAACUUGUUUUGAUUGGAUGUAUAAUUGUGUUCUUGGUGUUGAUGGUUGUAAAACUUACACAACAGGAAAUUGCACAUUAAUUAAAUUAAUUUAUCAAUGUUAUUCAUGGAAUUGCUAUUGGUAAAAUGGUAAAUGUGUUGAUCAUGUCGAUUGCCAAAUUAAUACAGCAGCUGUGAAUAAUCGCGAAUGCCUGUUAGUAAAUGCUUAAUUCUGUAGACUUAAUUAUACAAAAGGCUAGGGAUGUGCUUUUUUUAAAUGCAAUGAUAUCAAAGACAUAACAAUAUGUAAUGCAUCAAAUCUUGUUGAUGGAUAAAAUUGUAUAUGGGCAAGUGGAACCUGUUAAGAACGUUCUUGCGAUAAAUAUAUGGAGCAAUCUGAAUGCGAGAGUAGCUAUGGUAAAUAAAAUUUAGCAAUAACUAAAUGCUUUUGGUGUGUAGGAACUAGUUGUUGCUCCAAUAGUAAUUCCUGCAAUAUAAGUAGCACGACUUCACCUAAAUCACAUCAAGAUUGCAACAAUAAAGAUAGAAUGAAAACAAUAGGCUUUUCAUCAAGCUAAAUAUGCACAAUAAAAAAAUCAUAAUGCUCUGAGUACACUUAUUAGAAUGCUUGUGUUAGCACACUUGAAGGUGUAGCCUGUUAUUGGAAUGUUAGUUCUUGUCAAAAUAAAUGCGAAGCAGCAACUCCUAUUCCUACAACAAACAAAUAGUGUCAUGAUUGGAACUCUGAUUGUAUGUUAGUUGGUUCAUCAUGUAAAGUCUUAAAUUGUUCUAAUUUACAAGUCGAAUCGGAAUGUAUUAUUUAUACUAAAAUGUGUGUUUGGGAUGUUUCAUGCAAAACUAUUGGUGAUUGUAGAGUAUAUUCUACAGAAGCUUUAUGCUCAAUUAACAGCAAUUCAAAAGGAAUUCCUUGUUUCUGGAAUAGUACAUAAUGUUUAGAAAAAAACUGUUCAAAUAUACAUACUGCGCCAACCUCUAUGCAAGAUUGCACGAAUUGGCUUGUUAAUUGUUAAUUUGAUGCCAAUAAUCAUUAAUGUGUAGAAGAUUGUACUUCUGCUGCUGAUUCAAAUAACACACAUGAUAAAUGUGAAUCUUACUAUUAUACCAAAAGCUGCACUGUCAAGCUAGAUAUUAUCUAAUGUGUAGAUCUUCCAAUUUCAUGUUGUUUUGCAAAAGAGACAUAGUGUUAUUUGGAUAGAGAUGGUCACUAAUGCUUUUAUUAGUAAUCAACGUAAAUGUGCUUAAAUUUAAAGUGUUCAAAUUUGGAUUCAGAUUUUACAAGUCAUUAGUAAUGUAGCAAAAAAUUAAAAGAGUGCACAGUAAAUAAUACUUUGAAUGGAUGUUAAUAAUUGAAUGAAUGCAAUAGUUAUUCAAUUCAAGAUUAAUGUUAUUUUGAUUAAAAUAAUAUUGAAUGUGAAUGGAUGAUAAGUGAAAAGAAAUGUACAAUUAAGGAAUGCUCGACAGCCUAACUCAAUCAAUAUACAGCAUAGAGUUGCCAUUAGUAUUUUGGUGAUUCAUGUACUGUAAAUUAAAAUUUAGAUGGAUGUGAAAUAGGGUAAACUCUUUGUAAGAAUUACAAUUAUUAAUAAUGCACCAGCAAGGGGUAAAUGAACUUAAAUAGAGUAGAUUGUUUUUGGAAUGAUGAGAAAAGCAUAUGUUAAGAACGAAUAUGUGCAAACGGACCUUCAAAUUCUUCAUCUAAUUCUGAAUGUAUAAGUUUUCUUUCAACUUGCCAAAAAGAUGAGUGUCGUAAAAAAGAAUGCUUUGAUUACUAUUAUGAGAAUGAUUCAGCUUGUGCAUCAACAUUUGAAGACAAACGCUGUGCAACAAAUGGAAUUCAUUGUGUUUUAAGAAUGAAGUGUGAAAAUGUAACUAUCAUUAAUGGAUGUACUUUUGAUGUUAAUUUAAAUCCUUGUGUUUGGAUUGAUAAUAAGUGCAUAACGAAAACCUGUUAGACUGCAGAAGUUUCUCUUACGAAAUAUGAGCAGUGCAAUUCAUAUUUGCCAUAUUGCACAGUUAAAUAAGAUGGAGGAUGCACAAGGAAGCAGAGUUGUUAGGACUAUCAAAUUUAAGAAGCUUGUUAAACAGAUAGCGAAGAUUUCGAAUGCAUUUGGGACAACAAUAUAAAUAAAUGUUUCUCCAAUUAAUGUAUCGAUUUCUGUGGGGAUGGUAUUGUUUCAAGUCAAGAUGAACAAUGUGAUGAUGGCAAUUACAUACCGUAUGAUGGUUGUUAUCAAUGUGAAUAUUAAUGUUCUUUAGGUUGUAUUUAAUGUGAGAAGGAUAAUCAUUGUGUAUAAUGUGAAAGUUAAGCUUUUUAUUUGGAUAUUAAGUCAUCUCAAUGUAAAGUAAUAGUGUCCGAAGAUGAAUAACAACCAGAGGAGGAAUAAAAUCAAUAUAUAUAGUGUGGUCAGAAUAGAGCUAUUAUCAAUAAUGAAUGUAUUACUUUAUGUGGUAAUGGAGUUCUUGAUAGUAAUUUUGAAUAAUGUGAUGAUGGAAAUAGCAAUGGGGGAGAUGGAUGCUCUUCUUUAUGCAUUGAAGAAGAUUCCUAUACAUGUAUCAAUCAAGAAAAUAAAUUAAGUAGUUGUACUUUUAUCUAACAACCUAUUUUCAAUUUGAUUUUACUCUCUGAUAGAUAAAAUCAAACAAAAAUACUUGACCUUAGCUUCUCUUAAGAAGUUUAUUUACAAGUUGGUCUUCUUUUUGAAUAAAUUAUUGAGUUUGUCAUCUUUCCAUAGACUGAAUUUGGAUUAUCUGUCGUUUCAUUGAACAAUAUUUCUUCUCAAUUAAGCAAUCCUCAUUAUUAAAUUACUGUUUAAUUUUAUUCUCCUGUAACAGAUCCAAUUUUUAAAAUCAACAUCCAAUAAAAUUCUAUUUUGAAUUAAUAUGAUUUGGAUUUAUAUACACAUUAGAAAGAAAUUCUUCUUGGAACGCCUUUAGUGUUAUCAUUAGCUACUUAGGAAAGAACAAACUAAAUUAUCUAUAUGAACGAUGCAAUUAUUUAUACUACAGCUAGUAUUUCUGGGCUUCUAUUUUUAACUGGCAAUUAGAUCGUAUUCUUCAAUUUACUAGACUUGUUAUAGACCUUAUCUUAUAUAAGAUAUAUGCAAUAUAAAUUUCCUCCUCAUUUAAGACAGUUUCUUGAAACUUACACAAAGAUUUCCUUACAACCUAUUUUGGAUCGAUUAAAAGUUGAUUAGUUUAUUGCCAAACUCAAUGGAGGCACUCUACCAAAUUUACAAACAAAAUCAUCAUAAUAAUCAUAAGCCGCUGUUUUGAAUUAGUUCUAUUUAAUAAAUGCUAAAGGAUGCUACUUAUCUUACAUUGUUUCCAUUAUUACUUAUGUUCUUUGCUGUCUAAUAUCCUCGAAUAACAUGUCAUCAUGUAUAGGACGAAUUUUUAUAAAGAAUCAAGAAAAAUUCAGAAUUCUUAAAUUUAUAUCUAUGUUUUAGAAGAGUAUUCUCUAGACAUGUUAAUAUUUAAAGAUUUAUUACUUCUCUUUUGGAAUAUUUUAACUAUUUUAUUCCACGCUUCAUUAAUAGUUAUUCAGCACUCUAUUAUAAUUUCCUUAUUACAAUUUUGGUUCUCCUUUUGAAUUUAUUAAUAGUAUUGCUGCAUUAGGAAGCUUAAUAUUUCUAGUUUAAAUACUUUUAAAAUUGCUCUCUAUUACAACGUCUUAAAUUAAGGAUAAACAAAAAUGGAAGUAUUUCCUUUAAGAUUCAAAAACUUAAUUUUGGGCAGCUAAUUACAAGCCAUUUCAAAUUUAUAAAACUGUGUUCUAUAUUACAGUUAUAAUUGGAUUCAUAAGUUAUCCUGAAGCAUAAUCAAUCUUACUUUCGAUGCAGUCAUUAUUUUAUUUAAUCUACUUGAUCCUCUUUAGACCAGUAAAAUCCAAUUUUGAAUAAGCAAAGUUAAUUUGUAGAGAAGUAAUACUAUUAAUCAACACAGGAUCAUUUUUGGUUUACAGUUUAGAAUUAACUGAUGAAUAAUAUAUGUUUUAUGGAUGGUUACACAUAGGUUUGUUUUGUUUUUUAAUAGCUUUUACUUUGGUAGUUGACAUCUUCGAGUAAGUGCAAAAAGCCUAUUAUAACCAUGUAAAGAAAGUAGAAAUUAAAGAGAAAAUAAAAAUUUUGAGAUACUUCGACAACCCAUUAUAAAAAUUUAUUGAGCUGAGAAAUAUAGAUAUGGAAAUAAAAAAAUGA